UUCCCUUGAUCCGCUUGCUGAGCCCCAUUUCUUUCUAUCUAUCUAUCUAUCUCACUAGUUGCUUCACUAUCAUGAAUAUCAUGAUCUUAUCAUUUCUGAUGAUGAUUUCAGUUCUUUCUAUGGUGAUUCCUUCUAGAAGUUCUUCCUCACCCAUGGAAGCUUACCUUUACGGUGGCUGUUCUCAGCUUAAGUACGCCCCAACCUCAUCCUACUACGAGUCCAACCUUAACUCGCUUCUAACUUCUCUAGUUAACUCGGCUACAUACUCGUCCUACAACAAGUUCACCGUCAUGGGUCCGACCCAGAGUGAUGUUGUUUAUGGACUCUAUCAGUGCCGCGGAGACCUCGCCAUGCCCGACUGCGCCACCUGCGUCGCCCGAGCCGUCACUCAGGUCACACGCCUCUGCCCCACCACAUGUGGCGGAGCCCUCCAGUUCCAAGGUUGCUACGUGAAGUACGAUAAUUCAACGUUCCUUGGAGAUGAGGACAAGUCGGUGGUGCUGAAGAAGUGCGGGCCGUCAACUGGGUACGAUACGGAUGCAAUGGGACAGAGGGAUGCGGUUCUAGCAGGCAUGGCUAAUGGAGGAGCCGGCAGUGGGAUGUAUAGAGCCGGUGGUUCAGGGAAUGUCCAGGGUUUAGGGCAGUGUGUUGGGGAUUUGAGUAUGGGUCAGUGUCAAGAUUGCUUGGCCGAGGCAACACGACGCUUGAAGACCGACUGUGGCACGGCGGUUUAUGGGGAUAUGUUCUUGGGAAAGUGUUACGUUAGGUACUCCACCAAAGGGGCUCACGAGGGUUAUGCAAAAGCAAAUGCUGGUUCUAAUUCUCACGACGGAGGAGGUACGAAGACAUUCGCUAUAAUAAUCGGGCUCUUAGCUGGGAUAGCUCUACUCAUCAUCUUCUUGACAUUCAUGAGAAACAUUUGUGGUGGUGGACAUGGCAAGUGAAAGAAAGCCAACAUGCACGAUGGAAAGAUGGUUAGGGCUAGCUAACUUUUCUCCCAUGUUUUAUUUAUAUCAUGCUAAGGAUGUCAAAUUAUCUUUUGGAUCUAUAUAUCCACUUCUUUAGUAUCUUUGUACCAUCGAUCUACUUUAUUUGAUAGUCUCUUAUUAUAUUUAAAUUAUUCAAAAGAUCGAUUGAUCGAUGCAUGGUAAGAUGGGUUUUUAGGGUUUGCACCAUUGAAAGGAAAAAAGGAGCUAUCUUUAAUUGUAAAAGAGAGGUGAAAAGCAAGGAAAAGAAGGCCAAUUAUAAGAGAUUCCACUGUCUUUCCCACUAGACAAUUAAAGUUGUGCUGUCUAAUGUGAAAAAAAAUGUUAUUUUUUC